UAUGGAAGAGUGUAGUGUAGCCCAAAACAAUGUUAUUGUUGCUAUACUAGUAGUAGUACUAGUACUAGCCAUUUGCAUAUGAUGAUUGAACCAAUUUGGUACUCUGACACAAGUCAUCAUUAACUCUAUGCCUAUUCACUCUUUCCUCAAUUUCUCUAUCCAUCUAUCUCUUUUAUCACUGUCCUCCAUAGUAUCUAUCUAUCUAUCUAUAUUUUCUUUUAUUACUGUUCUGUAAAAAAGCUAUUUUGGCCAUCUGACCACCAAAGCCUACACCAUUUUGCUCCUCUCUCUCUUUUCUCAUCCUCACAAUUGGGCAAAACACACACAACACAACAAUGAGUGAGAAAGAUGAUGGCUUGGGUUUGGGGUUGAGUUUGAAGUUGGGAUGGGGAGAAAAUGAUGAUGAUAAUAAUAAUAAUCUAAAUCAUCAUCAACAACAACAAUACCCUUUCUACGUGCACAAGCCUCCUCAAUCGGUUCCAAACCAAAGGGCUUCCUUCAAUAACUUGUUCCAUUUUCAUGAUCGGAGCUCCGAGACGCGGUCGUUCCUCCGCGGAAUAGACGUGAAUCUGCCACCUCCGCCCCCAUCGGCGGUGGUCGACGACGAGAACGCGGUGUCAUCGCCGAACAGCACGAUAUCGAGCAUCAGCGGGAAGCGGAGCGAGAGAGAGGGCAACGGAGACGAAAACGAGAGAACAUCGAGUUCUCGCGGCGGCGGAAGCGACGACGAUGAUGGCGGAGCUUGCGGCGGAGACGGCGACGGCGAAGCGUCGAGGAAGAAGCUGAGGUUGUCCAAGGAACAGGCAUUGGUGCUGGAAGAAACAUUCAAGGAACACAACAGUCUGAACCCGAAGCAAAAGCAAGCUUUGGCAAAGCAGUUGAAUUUGAUGCCUAGGCAGGUGGAGGUGUGGUUUCAAAACAGAAGAGCAAGGACCAAGUUGAAGCAGACUGAAGUGGAUUGUGAAUACUUGAAGAACUGCUGUGAGAAUCUAACUGAAGAGAAUAGGAGGCUUCAAAAGGAAGUGCAAGAGCUUAGGGCAUUGAAGUUAUCCCCACAGCUUUACAUGAACAUGAACCCUCCCACCACUCUCACAAUGUGCCCUUCGUGUGAGCGUGUUGCCGUCUCAUCCACAUCCUUUUCCUCAUCGGCCACCAUGCCCUCUGCCCUGCCUCCAGCUAAUCUCAACCCGGCAGGCCCUACCAUCCAGCGGCCGGUGCCCGUCAACCCUUGGGCAGCAAUGUUGAAUCAACACCGUGGCCGGCCAUAAUUGAUCGCUCCCGGCCCUAGGUAGUAGGGUAAAGUUCAGGAUGGCAGCUAGGACAUUUUAGUUUUGUAGACAGAAAUGAAUCAAUGAAAUAGGAAUCUUAUGGGUUGGUUUACUUUUACUAGGACUUUGAGAGCUCAUGGUUUGGGAAAUUCUAUUUGCACCCGUCUUUUUUUUGCACCUUCCAUUUUCUUUUACAAAUUAGUUUUUGCCUUUUCGGAAUCUACAAUACAAUUGUAGAAAUUAAUUUUUGAAAUGUAAAAGAAAAGGCAGAGACUGUGAAGAGAAAAAAAAAGGGGGGGCUGGGGGGGAUGCAAUUAGAAUGAUCCUCAUGCUUUUGGUUAUUAACUCUUUUUUGUCUUGGCCUAUUUUAUUUAGAGCAUAGAUAGAACAUGUUUUAGUCAACUUUAGGAUGUGUAAAGUUUGGUGUUUUCAUAUGCUGAACAGUGUUUGUUAUUUGUUAACCUUGGAAAGAUGGAAAAGGGUAUUGGAAUCUGUUUUUUUUUAUUAUUA